UAAAAAAGAACAAAACUCCCUAGUAGAAUGACCCAUAAUGUCUCCGAAAUGGCCAUAUCUAGAAACUAGUAUGGCAUCGUUAUGUCCACUAAAAUUCUAAAAAUCCCUUUUCUCUUUAUGCCAGAAUUUCAAACAUCAAAGUAUGAAUCGUUCCAAAUAUAAACAAUCCCAUUAAAAUCCUUUCCAAAAAUAACAAGAUUUUUUUGUUGAUAAACCUUGCAUAUUCUUCUUCCUCAAAUGGCAGUAGUUGAAUUGAUAGUAACGGCGACGAAGCUUGCGGGAGUAUUGGUUUCAUUGACAUUUGCAGCUAACGCUUUCUCUUUCUCUCGGUUUCGCAAGAAGAGUCUUCGCCCUUUUCAUUCUCCUAUUGAUGAGAAUGCUGAUGAACUUGCUCUUUUCAAUGUUAAUUCUUCAGAUGGGGAACCUGAGUUCUUCUUUGGAUUGGCAACAGCACCUGCUCAUGUGGAGGAUAAGCUUAAUGAUGCCUGGCUUCAAUUUGCAGAAGAAAAACUUUGUGACGAAACUGAAUCUGCACAACAACCAGCUGAUGCUCUUUUGGCUUCAGGGGCAGGAGAUGGUGGGUCUCAACCAGCUUUACCAACAGAAGCUAAGGAUAGACCGAAGAAAAAGAAAAGUUAUAAGGUAGCUAUGGAAGCAAUGAUAAGAGGUUUUGAGAAAGUAGUUGAAGAAGAAGAAGAAGAAGAAGAAGAGCAGGCUCCAAUCAGUGAAUGCAACCAUAAUGUGGCUGCAUGGCAUAAUGUUCCACGCUCGGAGGAGAGACUAAGGUUUUGGUCUGAUCCUGAUACUGAGCUCAAGCUUGCCAAAAAUACUGGUGUCACUGUCUUUCGCAUGGGUGUUGAUUGGACAAGAAUCAUGCCGAAGGAGCCAACAGGUGAACUUAAUGAAGCUGUAAAUUUUGCAGCAUUAGAGCGAUACAAGUGGAUCAUCAAUAGGGUUCGGUCAUAUGGAAUGAAGGUGAUGCUGACAUUGUUUCACCAUUCACUUCCUCCGUGGGCUGGAGAGUAUGGAGGGUGGAAGCUGGAGAAAACUGUUGAUUACUUCAUGCAUUUUACUAGGCUUGUUGUUGAUAGUGUGUCAGAUGUGGUAGACUAUUGGGUAACAUUUAAUGAGCCUCAUGUCUUUUGUAUGCUGACAUACUGUGCUGGUGCUUGGCCUGGUGGUAAUCCUGACAUGUUAGAGGUGGCAACUUCUGCUCUACCAAGUGGUGUGUUUAAUCAAACCAUGGACUGGAUUGCCAUUGCACACUCAAAAGCAUAUGAUUACAUCCAUGAAAACAGCAAAUUAUCAAAGCCACUUGUUGGCGUUGCUCAUCAUGUUUCAUUUAUGCGACCCUAUGGACUAUUUGAUGUUGCUGCUGUUACACUCGCCAACUCCAUGACUCUUUACCCCUUUAUGGACAGCAUAUCUGAGAAGAUGGACUAUAUUGGGUUAAACUAUUAUGGGCAGGAAGUUGUCUGUGGUGCUGGAUUAAAGCUAGUAGAGAUGGAUGAAUAUAGUGAAUCUGGACGAGGAGUUUAUCCUGAUGGCUUGUUUCGUAUGCUUCUUCAGUUCCAUGAGAGAUACAAGCAUUUAAACAUACCAUUUAUUAUUACUGAAAAUGGGGUCUCAGACGAGACUGACAUAAUCAGAAGGCCAUAUAUACUGGAGCAUUUACUCGCCAUUUACGGGGCCAUGAUUAUGGGUAUCCCUAUUAUCGGUUAUCUCUUCUGGACAAUUUCAGAUAACUGGGAGUGGGCAGAUGGAUAUGGACCUAAAUUUGGACUUGUAGCAGUUGACCGUGCCAAUAAUCUAGCCAGGGUCCCACGUCCUUCUUACCAUUUGUUUUCCAAAGUGGCAACAACAGGUAUAGUCUCACGUCAAGACAGGGAGAAAGCAUGGAGGGAACUUCGUAGAGCUGCCAAAGGAAAAAAGACUAGGCCAUUCUAUCGAGCUAUGGACAAACAUGGCUUAAUGUACGCAGGGGGGCUUGACGAACCUGUAUGGCGCCCUUACGCUGAUCGAGAUUGGCGUUUUGGACACUAUGAGAUGGAAGGACUACAGGAUCCACUAAGUCGCUUCCUCAGAUUUAUUUGUCGACCUCUCAAACUCAGAAGGAAAUCUGAACUUGAAGAUGAUGAUGUUGAAUUGGCCUUAUUGCCUCUGGGUUCAACUGCCUGAUGGGCAAUCACUGGUAUAAGAAUAUUUAUCAAAGUUUUCUGCCAAGGAGCAUUCUUCUAAUAAUAAAGAAGGCCUAAUUCUUGAAACAGCAAGGUGGUGCUCAGAGAUUCUCUCUGAUGUUUAUAUUAUUUGUCAGAAAGCUCUGCCAGUGUAAGUCAAGUGCAUAUUGAUAUGCAAAUUUGUAAAUCUUCCAAUAUUUAAAAUUUGUAUUUCCAUUUCAAUAAGAUCCAAAUGCAUAUUGAUUUGGAUCUGUUGUUUCCUGAAAUUUGUAUUCAGAUAUUUCUAAUGUACACAGAAAUAUUUAAUGUACAUUAAUAUCUAUUAAUCUAAUGCAUACAUGUUAUUGAUCAUGAAAUUUCGGAUUC